AGCUGCAACAUCGUUCACCUUGCCUGUUUGUUUUUUUCAGCAGAUUUUGUCAGAUCUCAUCGAAUCAUUUUGAAGAAGAUGGCAGUGUGGAAAAAGUCUCCUCUUCAUGAGCAGCAGGUUCGACUGAUGAUGUGGACUACCCCUCGCUCAGUUUCCACGGCCGUGACCAAGUGCCUGAGCUUUGUCCAAGACGCUCAAGUUUUGUGUGAACCGUUCACUGCCGCUCACCAUGUGGGUCCUGACAGUAAUUUUGAUCACACUGGCGAUACCGCCGAGGCUGCAUUAAGGGAGACAGUUCCAGGGGUGGCUGAGACCGUCGGCUUUGAUUCGUCACAGUGCACCUACAAGUGGGUAAAAGAACAACUUGAAAAAGCCCACACUGGUAAGAAGUUCAUUUUCUGCAAGGACAUGGCAUACAGUGUCACAGGUCACUUUGAGUUCCUCCCGAAGGACUACAAGCACCUGUUCCUGAUUCGCCAUCCUCUGAAGGUCUUCCCUUCUUGGAAGAAGGUGUUCCAGCUUAAUGUGGGUGUACCACUCGACAAGUACGAACUGGAUAAGCUACCCGAAGUACUGUUUCCCAAAAAUCAGGGCUACAAAGAUAUGAGUGAUUUAAUGGUGUACCUAAAGGAGGCCGAUCAAGAGGUAAUCGUAAUUGACACCGAUGAUCUUCUUCAAGAUCCUAGAGGCAUCCUGUUGGCACUCUUCAAUGUCAUUGGCCUUCCAUUUGAAGAGAACCUUCUGAGUUGGGAGGCAGGGAAUGCCAUUGCACAAGAAUGGGUCAUCUCGAAGGAAUUCCUGAUCCUUAACCAGGAGGGGCAUUAUUACAAGACCGCUUUUGAGAGCAAGUGCUUCCUGAAGCCCUCUGGCAUGCCUAAUCGCGCCUCCCUCUCCGCUGACCUCAUCCGCUGUGUUGAUGCCGCUAUGCCGUACUAUAAGAAGCUGUAUACACAGCGUUUGACACCGGCUGAAAGCUAACGUUUCUCCACUACUGACGGGAUGUUCUGUUCUCCUUAAGUGUUGUGUUGCUUACAAAAUAUUAAUAUUUUCCAUCAAUGUGAAUUUAUCUUUUUGUACGGAAGUGGUAAUGAUAAUUAUUUUAAUACGAAUGUGUUGUAAAAAAUAAUCAAUUGAAGCAAAGUGUCCAUUUGGCCAGUUGGUGCUUGAUGUACAGCGAUCGACAUCUUGUGCUGCCCGGAUGCCCAGUCCAUGUUAGUAUUUUGGGCUGCUUCUCUGAUGUGUCAGAAACGGUAGGUAGAGUCGUCAACGAAAGUAAAGUAUCGUCGGUAAAUAUCUGGGACGACUCUUUUAUCUUCACUGAGAUGCAGCAAGUGCUUGUCCCUUAGUUUUCAAACAGCAUGAUCAAAUUCGAUGAAAAGGUGGAGACCAGUCUGCCAAAAAUACUUAGAAAAAUGAGAACCUUUGUUUCCAAAUUGUGAUGCAUGUGAAGACACCUGUUAUGAGAAGCAAUUUUCACGUGCGCAGUUAGUAUUCAGUGCAGAUAUUGACGAAAAGUGCUUGUCAAUCAACAAAACAGGUUCGGAAAAUCUCGGUCUGUUUCGGGAUAUUUCGGAAACGGGAGGAAUUCGUUCCCCGUUGUUGGUGACAUGACACUGACGGCUGCGGGACUCUAAAAUAGUUGGUAUCUAAUGGUUUGGAGACCUGUGCUUUCCACGCAUAGCCUGUAUUGCACAUCCGCUAUCAUAUAGAUUAACUGCGACAAAAUUGAACAAUAAAGCUCCCCCUCGUCUCCGGUUUCUGGUCACCGCGCGCGUCUGCGAAAUAAAGAAGUAUUUUAUUCUGCAUAAUUGAUUUCCAAAAGCCGCCAAACUUACUUGAUCAGCAGGAAUUCUGCUACAGCGUAAUUUUUAACGUGUUAUUGAUGGGUGGGAUUGAGUAAUAUGUACGGUAAAGGAAACCCCCUAGGCCUCAAUACAUUUCAAUCCGGCACUCUUAUCAGAUGACGUCAUUCGUGUAUCUUUACACGAAAGCCGUGUCCGAAUCAGUUGGCUGUGGCUUGAUAUUAUGCAUGAUUCUAUGGGUACUGGCCGAGGAUGCUGCCAAGUACUCGGUGUAAUUUCCAGCCGUAGCCAACUGAUUCGAACCCAUCAGGCCCACGUCUGUGAACCGAACAACGAAGUGGUCUUGCGUCCUGCUUACGAGUACAAAUUAAAAAGGUUUUUAAGCAACAAACCGUGAGGGCCAGCCUAUUUCAGUGUCGUUGAGGCAGUAGCGGUACAUACACAUGCAGUGCAUUUACUGACGAUGGGCAUCGUUAUGACAACCAUACAUGUAACAACUCAUGCAUCGUCACAAUCGUCAGGAACAAAUGUAGGUUAAAGUGAGAGGAGAUUUUAUUUCUGAGCUGAAUUUUUUCUGAAUAUUUUAUAUGCAACUUGUGUCCU